GAGUUGUCUUCUGUUUUCACCGCAUGACAACAUUACAGACGGCUGUCCUUACGUCAAAACAAACCCAGUAUCCAUUCAUUUAGGUUUUCGUGACCUAUUUACCAUGUAAUUUCUGAAUUCCACGAAAUUUGCUGAAUUAAAAUAUCGGCUGUAGGUGAUCUACUCAACAUAGAUCCGAAAAAACCUUUUUGUGAUGUGGUGAAGAGCACUGCAGAAUGAUGACGUCUUCAAGAAUCGUGAGGGGCACUAAGGGUCGCCUUUUUGCUUGCUUAGGAGUGUUGACUUUAUUUGCUGGAGUCAUAUUUUUAUAUCACAGCACUCGUGUUGAACUUGAUGAAGUUAGUAAUUCUCUUAGUAAGUGCCGCCAAGAGCAAGACUCCCUAGCUGCUCAGGUUCAAGUAAUAUCUGAAUAUAAGAAAAAUCUUGAAAAAUCAUUAAACCAAGAAAAGGCAGAACAUCGUCAAACCAAAGAAGAGUUGCAAUCACAGAUGAAUGAUGAGCAGCAAGUGAGAAACAAAGAAAAUUUAGAAAAUAUCAAUAAGUACAAAGCACUUCAGCAACAGUACAAAUUAUUGCAAAGUGAACAUGAUGAUCUUAAUGAAUUUUACAAUAAAGCUAGAGCAGAGCAGGCAAGUUGUGCCGAGGCUCUGAGCCACAUGGAGCUCCAAAUCUCUACAAUACAAAAAGAUCAAACUGCAAAAGAAGCAGAGGUCUCUAAUCUAAAGUUAAAAUAUUUAAGGCUUGAAGAGGAAAAUAAAACUUUGUUCCAAAAACUACAGAGCCACCUUGAACAAGGGCCAGAAGAGAAAGGAAAGGCAUCAUCAAAUACUAUUAAGCUUUCAUCAACAAAGCAUGCGGAUGCUGCUGAUACUGCAGGUGGUGGUGAUACCGACACUGGGAAUUUGGCUAGUUUACAUGAACCCCCUCACAAUGUGUUGCCUGUGGCGCAAAAAAGGUCAACCGCUGCUCAGGACGAAAUGCUACAACCAGCAAGACCUGCUCAACCAGGUUUAUCUGUUGUGUCUAAGCCAUCAGGCAAGCAAUCAACAACCCCUCAAGUAAACCCAGAUGCCUUACAAAGUCAAGAUAAGGCCCGAGCGAUACCUGCUUUAGCAGUGCCUCUUAUGUUAGCACCAUUCCAGCAGCAUGCUUCUGUAGAAAAACACGAUUUUGCCAAUAAUGGACCACAAGGAGUAUUGCCAGCACCUAUAGGCUUUGGAAGUGACAAUCAAUAUGCUCAGCAAAAUGCUGUGCCUCUUCAGGCGCCAUACAGACUGAUUGGACUUGGUCACCAAGAAGUUCCUCAAAAUCAGGGUCAGAUGCCACCUCUUGCGGCUGUAGCUGCUGCUGUUCAAAAUAAUGUGCUGCCUGCUCCUCCAGGCCAUGUGCAUAAUUUAGCCCAGCAUCUACCAAAAUUCAAUCAAGUCAUCCAACAAAACAUGAAUCCCUUCAGAAAUGAUUUUGUUGCUCUGCCAGAUUCCAAAUUGAGUCAUUUGGAACAUAACUUUGUUCACAAUGACAAUGUGUAUAAUUCAAAUGGUGCAAGAGCUCAGGAGGCUUACAACCUCCAUAAAAAUGCUGACUUAUCUUUUGAUGAUAAAAAGUAUGCAGCCCAAGAUGUUAACAAACAUCUCUUUGUGGGCCAAAAUCAUCAAUUUGAAAGAGCUGGUAUUAUGCCACCCUAUUUAAAAAGUGCAAUAAAAAAUGUUAAAAUUGUCCCUCUUGAUGGGGAUAUCAACCAGCACCCAGAUUUAGAGGUGCAAGGUAGAAAUCCUUUCGUUGAGCUUGGCAAUCAUAAUCAAGAAAUUGUCCAUGGUAAACAUCAUGGGCUCGCAGCUGGCCAACAGGAAGGUCAUCCAGUAGGACAUUACAACUACCAAGGUGGUGAUUAUGACAAAGAAGAUCCUCCCGCUAACAAUGAAAAUGAAGAUGAGGAUUUAGAUCAAAUAGACUACAAUAAUGAGCCAAACCAAGCUCACCAACCUCAUCAAAUCCAUCCAGGUCACCCUAUUCCAAAAAUGGUUCAUAGAAGAUUAGCUGAUCGUCAUCAGGAGGAUGUAAUGAUGCAUCCAAGGUAAUGAAUAAAACACUUGGUCCAUAACAAGUGAUACUAUUGCUUUGUUAUGUCUUGAAUUUAUGAAAAUAUUAUCAAAAAUCUUGCCAACACAGAAUGAUGGAUAUAUUUUAGAAAGGUAUUACGAAUGGUAUUGUUUUUACACCAAAUCAAUAUGUUUGGCUAGUUUGGCCGUAAUUGUCUACUGUUAAAUUUUAUUCAUGAAAAACUAGUAUUACAUUUAACAACUGGUGCAUUUUUAUGUGGCUGAAGUCUGAUGUAAAUUGCCGUUUCUAAUCAAGUUUCUAAGAAACAUUUCCCCAAUAGAAAUGAUUCGUAGUAUACAUUUACAGAAAGGGUUGGUUAAUUGUUAUUCUCAUUAAAUGAAUAGGUCUAUAUUUAUUAGGAGCAGUGGGUGAGAUAUAGAUGAAGAUGAAAAGCACUGCUUAUAAUAUUUUUAUGUACCUGUUACAACCUAAGUUUUGUUUUGUUUGCUGCUGCUGUAGGUCCAAUGUGAAACCCGUAAGUGCAGAUUAAUCUUCUGAAUUUCACUUUACUAAACUAGAACACAUUUGACUGAUUGUCCUUUAAUUUUCAACUGCUUCAAAGUACAUUGGCCUUCUAACAUCUGUAAAACACUUACCGGCAGUUUUUCAUUUUUUAUUUUUUAUUUUAACUGUUUAUGCGUCAUAUUUACAUUGAAUUUUACUUUUGUGAUAUGUUGUUUUUUUAAUUGUAGGUGUAUUGAUGAGAUUUCUAUUUUUACUUUCUUAUGAUCUUUUUCUUUUCUUUUUUGGAACCUGUACAUAAUAUAGUGUUUUUAAGUGAAGUGCAAAAUUGGUAAACAUUACUGCAAAUUCAAAAUCAAACUUGGCAAAUUUGUACAAAUGUUCGUACCAAUAAUGCAAAUGUGCAAUGGAUAUUGGUGUCCAGACUGUAUAAGGUGUGAAAAAAUAUGUUACUUUCUGUGUAAAUUUACAGAGAACUGAAUUGUUUUUAAAUUAUGUUAUGUUGUGUCUUUUUGUGUUGAUACUUUUAUUUAGACUUGAUUUGUUAUGUUGUUAUUGUUUCGUAUGCUUAUCUAUUUGAUGCGUCUGGUCUGUCUACUUACUGUGGUGAAUCCUACUUGGAAUAGUGGUAGUCUCAAGUCAAUGUAGUUUUCUCCUCUGUCCAUCUACUAGACUUUGUUUGUUUGUUGUUUUUGUGUUGUUUAUGCAGUUAGAUUUAUUAUCUUCUUCCACUUCCACAAGAGUCAUAACAAUAACUUGUUCAACUGGAUAGCUAUUGAAAGCAAUCCUGCUGUAUUCUUGGUCUUUGCUCCCUUUGAAGCUUGCAAUGCAUAGAAAGGUGCAUAGGACAUAGUCUCUUUUCGUUCCCCUUCUCAUUCUUUUUAGAGGAGUGAUGUUACAGAUCUGGUAUUGUAUGUAUAUUAUCUUUAAAAGGUUUCAUACUUCUAUUUACUCUUGUAGAUACACGCUAACAUUUAAGUACAGUUGUUAUAUUUUUCUCAAAGGCCAUGGCAAUUGUAUCUAGUUGCUGCAUACAAAUUCAAUUCAAUGAGGGAUAGUAAAUUGUAAUGCUGAUGACUAGUUCUGAAUGUAGACCCAGAAUGUAGAACUCAGGUUCUGACGUACUCUCUAGGAAAAAAAUAAUCAAAUGUGAAAAAAACUGUACUAUGUAACCUGGUUUUUUAGUUUAGUCAGAGUGCUGAGCGAAGUAUAGAUCUGUGAUUCAAAGUUUUUAAAAAUCAAAUUGUGACAUGUUUUGUUACAAGCAUAGACUGAAGUGGUGUCAUUCUUUUAAAAUUUUCUCAGUAGAGCAGUGUUUACUCUUAAAAGGAGUAUGGUUGUCAAAUUGUAGUAAAUGUGUUACACCUCAUGUUUUGAGGUUUGUUCAAUAAGAUAAUUUGCUGCUUGUGUUCUUUUGCUUCUAGGCUAUAGAUUGCAUUCCUGUACUUAAUUGUUGAUAUCCUUGGGUGUAAUCAGAGAACACCCGUGUUGUACAUAUUUUAUUAGAGGAAAAUUGUGCAAGGAACAGUAUAAGCGUUAUAAAAUAUAAAUCAGGCCUCUAAAGAAAAGAAACCAUAUCGCAAAUAGAGCACAACUUUCAAGCAAAUAUUACUUGUACAGGUUUUCUUUCAUUUCAUCUGUAUGUGCAGGUUAAAUUAAUUGCUUUAUAAAUGUUCAUUAAAAGUGGAGAAGUCUAGAAUAUUUUUGUAACACUGAUAAUAAAAAUAAUAAAAAAUAUACAGUUUUACAACCAA